AUGGUCGUGUUUGUAACUGGGGCAACAGGCUACAUUGCACAACACGUAGUCAAGGAACUUUUGAAAGAAGGAUACGAAGUUGUUGGAUCAGUCAGAUCGAAGGAAAAGGGAGAGUACUUAUCAAACUUGAUUAAAUCAGAUAAAUUCACCUAUGCAGUGGUUCCCGAUAUUGUGAAAAAGGGAGGAUUUGAUGAAGUUUUACAAGAGAAUGAUUCCAUUGACUCCUUCAUCCACACUGCAAGUCCAGUUGACUUUGAAGUCGACGACAUUCAAACUGGUCUUUUGGACCCGGCAAUAGAGGGCACCAAGAACGUAUUACUUGCAGUUGAAAAGUACGGCAAGAAUGUAAAAAACGUGGUUGUCACUUCAUCAGUAGCUGCCGUUCGUGAUUUGAGUGGAAACAAACCUUCAAACAGUCUCAUCGAUGAGUCCUCAUGGAAUGAUAUUUCCCUUGAGCAAGGCCUCAAGAAUACUAAGUUAGGCUACGCUGCUGCCAAAACUUUUGCCGAAAAGGAAGUAUGGAAGUUUGCUGAUGCACAUAAAGGUACCUGGAAUGUAACAACCGUGAACCCAACUUUUGUUUUUGGACCGCAAGCAUAUAACGUGCAAAACAAGGCUCAUUUAAACCAUUCUGCCGAGUUUGUCAACGAAAUAUUAAAGUUGGGACCGGAUGACAGCAUUGGCUCUUUUGCAGGAUUAUUCAUUGACGUUAGAGAUAUCGCUAAAGCACAUGUAGCUGCUAUAAAAAGGCCAGCUGGGUUUAACGGUCAACGGCUAUUACUCAUUGAUUCGCCAUGGACGAAGCAGCUUCUUGCUGUCAUUAUCAACAAACAUUUCCCCAAGCUUAACAUUCCGAGGGGAAGUCCUGAUAAGAGUGAUCUCGAAUUGAAAGAGGCUGAUCUUAAGUGGGAUAACACGAAAACAAAGAAGCUUUUGAAUUUUGAUUUUAUUCCACUUGAAAAGUCAGUGGUUGAUGCAGCUCAACAGAUUCUCGAUGCAAAGUAA